AUGGGAAAGAAGUGUAAUGCUCCGCCGGAGUGUGUCCCGGACUACUCGAAGGACGAAGCCUAUCUGAAAACCGUGAUUCCUACACGCAUCGCUCUCUUCGAAUCCAUCAAAGGCCAACAACUCCCUCACCGUCAAUCCAUCAGCGGCAAUCCCAUCAAAAUUUUUGUUGUUGGAAGGAUAAUAUUGAGGAAUGGGAGUGUGAAGGAUGGGAAGAAAUGGAUAUCAACUCCACUCGACAUUGCGAAAGGGAUUUCCAAGGAUUGGGGAGAGAAUGCGUUGAUUUCGAAGGUCAAUGGAGUGCUGUGGGACAUGUUGAGGCCACUUGAAGGUGACUGCGAACCCAAAUUAUUUAAAUUUGACAGCGAUGAAGGUCGCGACACCUUUUGGCAUUCAAGUGCUCACAUUCUAGGGCAGGCUCUUGAGAUAGAAUAUGGGUGCAAGUUAUGCAUUGGGCCUUGUACUACAAGAGGGGAGGGUUUUUAUUAUGAUGCUUUUUAUGGCGAUCUGGGCUUAAAUGAGGAUCACUUCAAACAGAUUGCAUCAGGGGCAGCGAAAGCUGUUGGGGAAAAGCAGCCUUUUGAUCGCAUUGAAGUUACAAGAGGCCAGGCUCUUGAGAUGUUUUCUGAAAAUAAAUUUAAGAUUGAAAUCAUUAAUGAAUUACCUGACGACAAAACUAUCACAGUAUACAGAUGUGGCCCCUUAGUUGAUUUGUGUCGUGGACCACAUAUACCAAAUACAUCUUUUGUGAAAGCAUUUGCUUGUUUAAAGGCUUCAUCAGCAUAUUGGAGGGGAAAUAGAGAACGUGAAAGUUUGCAAAGAGUUUAUGGGAUAUCUUAUCCUGAUCAAAAAAGUUUGAAGGAUUAUAUUGCCAGACUGGAAGAGGCAAAGAAAUAUGACCACAGAGAACUGGGGAAGACUCAGGAGCUUUUCUUUUUUCACCCACUGAGCCCAGGAAGCUGUGUCUUCCUUCCGCAUGGUGCUCGAAUUUACAACAAACUGGUGGAAUUUAUACGAAAUCAAUAUUGGAAGAGAGGAUACCAAGAGGUUGUGACGCCAAAUAUCUAUAACAUGCAACUCUGGGAAACAUCUGGUCAUGCUGCAAACUAUAAGGAGAAUAUGUUUUUAGUUGAGAUUGAGAAGCAAGAGUUCGGACUCAAGCCAAUGAAUUGCCCAGGGCACUGUUUAAUAUUUGAUCAUCGAGUUCGUUCAUACAGGGAACUUCCUCUUCGCCUGGCUGAUUUUGGAGUCUUGCAUCGGAAUGAGGCUAGUGGUGCACUUAGUGGGUUAACUCGUGUCAGGAGAUUUCAGCAGGAUGAUGCUCACAUCUUCUGCAGGGAGGCCCAGAUUAAAGAUGAAGUCAAGAAUGCAUUAGAGUUCAUCAGUUCUACCUAUGAGAUAUUUGGGUUCACUUUUGACUUGAAGCUAUCAAUGAGGCCAGAUAAAUAUCUUGGGGACUUAGAAACAUGGGAAAAAGCUGAGGCUGAUCUUACAGAAGCAUUGAACGAGUUUAAGAAGCCAUGGGAGAUAAAUGAGGGUGAUGGUGCAUUUCAUGGGCCAAAGAUUGAUAUCAGUGUUUCUGAUGCACUGAAUAGGAAAUUCCAGUGUGGAACUUUGCAGCUGGAUUUCCAACUUCCUUCUCGUUUCAACUUAGCGUACUCAGCGGAGGAUGAAGCUAAGAAGGAAAGACCUGUUAUGAUACACAGAGCCAUUCUAGGUUCCGUUGAACGUAUGCUCGCUAUACUUUUGGAGCAUUAUAAGGGCAAAUGGCCUUUCUGGCUUAGUCCGCGUCAAGCAAUUGUUUGCCCUGUUUCAGAGAAAUCGGAACCAUAUGCACUACAGGUAAAGGACCAGAUUCAUGAAGCUGGAUUUUACGUUGAUGUUGAUACAUCUGACAGAAAAAUUCAGAAAAAGAUACGAGAAGCUCAGUUAGCACAAUACAACUACAUAUUGGUUGUUGGUGAGAAGGAAACAGAAGCUGGAACGGUGAGUGUGCGGGUGAGAGACACAAGGGAUCUUAGAGAUGAGAGCAUCGAGGGCCUGCUCAAAUUCUUCAGGGACGAAGUUGCUGCUUUUCGUUAAGGGUGUGCUUGUACAGAAGAAGGAUUCCGAUGAGACAAUCAACAUCAGGAUACUUAAGCCUGGAUGUUGAAGAAGUUUCUAAUAUCUCGUUACAACUUAUUAUCUGUAUUCCUUUCUUUCUUUGGUUCCUUAUUUUAUUCUCAUUAUGCUCAUUUUCUGUUAUAUAUUUAUUUAAUUUAAUUUUCUGAUUUCCUAACAUUUUUUUACGUACAUUCUCAUAAUUGUAACCUGGAAGUUAUUAAACACAUCAUUUAAUUGUUAACAUUUAAUCUCGAAUCUCUGUGUCUUGAAGUUGAGAUAUCAAGUAGACCACGAUGACUACAGGUUGAAACUA